AUGUCGGAACUUAAUGAGGUGCUCGCCAAGUGGUUUGAGGAAUUGCAGAACCUUCCAAAAGAAUGCCACCUACUCUGUCCGAAGACUGAUGAGGAAGACUUCGAAGACUACAAAACGCUCGAUGACCCCGAGUCAAAGAUUUCUGUCGAGGAGAAGAAGCAAAGAAUCGAAGAUGGCAACCGUCGCAUCGAGAUAACAUACUGGAAUAGCCUGAUAUUCGGCUUUGAUAAAACCGAUGCCGGGAAAUGGCUAGAAGAAUUCAAAGAGAAAAUCGAGCAGACGCUCAGGACAUGCUCAGACUGUGUCCUCAACUGGCACAUGAAGCGGCCAGUCUACCUCCGAAAAUUUUCCGAGAAGUGGAACGAAGAAGUCAUUCUUCACAUAAAAGAAAUGCUUGACCGCAUCGAUAUUGGCCGAAUUGAUCAUAAUCUUACCUGGGCAAAGAACUACAUUGGGAAGAUUGAAAGCAGCGGGGCCGUAUUCAAGAAAAGCCAACUCGGAGACAAUCUUUCAACAGUCUUAAUUGCGAUCUAUGAAGCGUUGUGCUGCAUGCCGUAUAUGGCAGACCCAGAUCAGCGAGCAGUCUUCCAAUACGUCUUCAUGCGGCUGCAGGGUAAAAAUUAUCUGAAACUUGGGAAUAAAGAUCCAUUACCUGGGAUGACCUUUUUCCUAUUUGAUCAAAAAAAUGACGAUCGUCGAAAAUGGGCUCAUGAAAACUGGAAAGGCAUCAGUGCCAAAUCGAUAACGGAAGAACAGUUUGAAUGGGCCGUGAGCAAUGGGUUGAUCAGUGCAAUAGACGACAUUGUUCGAAAAGACGCCGCUCAGCCCUCAACGGAGAUAUACCUAGAAAUCGAACAUUUCUGGGAGGGUUUCGAAACCAUCCUUGCGAAACUGCCAGAGACUCUCAUCUUGAGCCACCUCAGAAGCCUGGAGGUACGACCAGGUAGUCCAAGCAUCUACGACCUUCUCUUUCGCCACAUACAAAACUGCCUCUCGGAAGGCGUACUGGUUGUGACGAUUCGAGUCCUAAAAAGUUUUCUGCAGGAGUCGGCGAAGGCAUUCUGGGACGUUAUUGGCGACGCUCGACCAAACGUAAUUCCCGAUUUGGUCUUCGUGAGCCCAGUGUACAAGACUCUCCUCCGUCAAUCCCUCGAGGAUUGCUGGAAUGGCUUCAAUCUGGAAGAAGAUGUUGUUCCGUUCCCCACUUCCUGGAUACAGCCUUGGCUCAUGUCGUUGAGUCGAGAUCGUAGGUAUGACGCCUGUGAGGUUCUCAUACAAACCUUGUUUGAGCGCCUGGCCAAAGAUCCAUACAUCGGCGAGCCGGGCCAUGCCGCAUGCAUUCGCGCCGGCUUUGAUGCCAUGAUAUUCACCAUGAGAUCCUUUCUGGAUCCAAAUACGCAGAUAGCAACCGGGACCGCUCAUCUAUCCGCAAGUGCAGCCUUCAAUCUGGUGGUUGCAAACAAGGAUCUCAUCCUGAAGAGCCUGAAACAGCCCCAGGAAUCCAAGGAAGGGUGGACUACAUUCAAAGUUUCCGAUGCCUCAAGAUCAGUCCUCCAGACAGCCAUGAGACUCGACAUGAAGAUGUUGGCAGAAGAUUUCCAAGCCAUUCACAAUAGCAGAACGUUACAACUAACAGUAACUCGAAAGUCCCAAAUGCUCUGGGAAGCUAUUUCCGAGAUGCUGCAAUCUUGCGACGAUCAAAUACCCCUCGUAAAGGAUACCUUGGUAAGUAUAGCGCCGCUGAUCUCAGUGGAAGAGAUACGACCGCAAAAAGUCGCUAGCGAAUUGGAUGAAUCUAGUCAAGGGUUCAACGCAUCUCUGGGCGCCACGGCAGAAGUAUUGACAAGAAUCUUGACCCGUAUCUCUGAAGUAGAUGCAACAGACUUGAACACAAUAUUUACAGACCGUCUGCCAAUCCAGGUCAUCGUCGGAUUAUCAGUUCACGGUAACUCUGGGCUGGCUGAUGGAGCAGCAGAAAUCCUAAAGAAUUGGACAGGGGAGUUGUCAAGAAGUGAUGCGAUAGAGCACAUGUCGAAACUGCAUCCAGAGCAAACUUUGUCAUCCAUAGUCUGGACUUUGGACAUCGUUUUGAAACCGCCAUUCCCCUGGGGUCCUAUACGACCACUCCUGAACAUGUGUAGGGAUGUUAUGCAAGGUUUGUCAGACGACACAUCUGGAGUUCUGAGAACCAAGACAUUGGAUUCCAAAUCUGCGGCGAUAGUGCGCCGCUGGUGGCAUGAGCAAUGGCGUUUCGUAUCCAAGUCCUGCCGAAACAUUGAGGCAUGGUCGUUUUGCAUUUCGAAUAGUAUCAUGACCGAGUUCUGCCGUGAAAUCAUGGAAUUGGCGGAAGCGCUGAUUGCUCAAGAUGGUUUGCUUACCUCUGCCACCGCUCUCGGCAAAAGCGAACACGAAGUUAUGCCCAUCAUUCUGGGUCCCGCCAAGGAGAACUUUCGAGGUAUGGAAAAUAUGAUUCGACUCAAAGACAGGUGGCUAGUCGACGUCACUGUCCGAGUUCUCUGCAAGAUUUUGACGCGGCUCCGGGAAAAUAAACUGGAAAUCAACGCUGCUUCUCGAAAACUUAUUACGGAGGCUUGCAUUCCUACAACGACGCCAGGGAAAUACAUUCGUUUGACCAAUUUGAACGAUCAACAGCGAGCCGAGUUGCUGCAGGCACUUGGUCAUGAUGAAGAGAUUCAAAUCGUCCAACUCGGUAUCUCGUCAGAUGCUCCCGAGACGAGCUCUUUCUCGAGCAAGAUCACUGCCAAGAAACAAAGUAGACUGGACGCUUGGUCGAAGUCUGCACCACCGGGUAGUGUGACAACUGAACCUGCUCAUGUUAAAAGAACGAAUCGAGAUGAUGUUCUGGAAUUAAGUCGAUCUGCAGACAGCCCCAUCCUAAAACAACUCGCAGCCCAAAAAGCCAUGGCACAAGGCAAGAAGCCUGACCAGAAAGCAAUAUCGGCAAUCAAAGAGAGCAGGCAACGAGAAAAGGUUGAAAAGGCCAAGAGAGAUGCUGAAGCUAUUGCAAGAGCCAAGAGAAUUCGGGGCGAAACAGUACCUGGCGAAGGGUCUGGUAUUCAUAGUCUUGGAGUGACCGGCAAAGACCAUACCAGGAGUGAAAUCAUGGUCAACAGCUCUGAUGAUGAUUCUGACGAAGAUGAAGAGUCUGAUGACGAUGGGGAACUUGCUCUUCUAACCACUGGUGGCCAGAAGGACUUGGAUGAACAAGAGAGGCGACGUCAAGAAGUUUUGCGGGACAGAGUUCGCCGGCCAGUCAAGAAGAUUCGACAACAACGAACUGUAAAAGAAAUGAGAGCUCGUUUAAUCCCUCCGAUGGACAGACUUCAUAACACGAUCCUAUCGUGGGACAUUUUCCACCAGGGCAAUGAUCCGCCUAAUGGGCCAGCAGCCUCGGAGGUCGCUACCAAGUACCCCGACCCUCGAUCAUACCAGGCCACCUUUUUCCCCUUGUUGGCGUCGGAAGCAUGGCGAUCCUUUGUGACAGCCAAGGAUGAGAUAACAUCCCAAUCUUUUGGCAUGAAGAUAGCCAGUCGUGCAAGUGUGGAUAGCUAUCUGGAAGUUGCGUUCACACUUCCCGCUAUGCAGAAUAGAGAGAGGGGAGGAGUCUCUGAAGGCGAUAUCUUGCUGGUGUCUGAGGCUGAGAACCCGCUAAACAGUCCAGAUUCGAAGCAUUGUCUUGCCCGGGUGCAUCGAACCACCCACAAAAAGGAUAUGGUUGAAAUUACGUUUCGUGUCGCGUCGCGCAACAACCCGCUUUCGUCCGUGCUAUCGCCAGGUGCCAAUGCAAACGCAAUCAAAGUUACGAAUAUGACGACGAUUGAAAGAGAAUACGCUGCGUUGGAGAGCCUUCAGUACUACGAUCUGAUGGAUGAGAUUUUGAAAGCAGAGCCUUCGCCAAUCAUUCGCUAUGGGGACGAAAGAGUGACAAACAUAAUGCAGAACUGGGCUCUCAAUCGUGGUCAAGCUUUGGCUGUGCUUGGAGCUCACGAAAACGAUGGAUUCACACUUAUACAAGGACCACCUGGAACUGGCAAGACAAAGACCAUUACUGCCAUGGUUGGUUCCCUCUUGUCAGAGCAGCUCUCGCAAGCCGCGACCGGCUUGAACGUAGGUGCUCUCCUGCGACCUCUAGCAGCACCGAGACCCUUGACGGCAUCACGCUCUAAGAAACUUCUCGUCUGCGCCCCAAGUAACGCAGCUGUUGACGAACUUGUCCUCCGUCUCAAGAGUGGCGUAAGGACUACUGGUGGGAAGACCAAGCCCAUCAAUGUCCUUCGCCUCGGGAGAAGCGAUGCCAUCAGCGCUGCAGUAAAGGAUGUUUCGCUCGAUGAGCUAGUCCGCGCUCGAUUGGAAGGUGAUGACACGAAGGAUAAGGCCAAGGCUGAACGAGAAAAACUCCACGAAGACGCAGCCAAGAUUAAAGGGGAGCUCUCGGCAAUUCGGCAGCGUCUUGACGAGGCUCGGGCCCAAGAUGAUGUCACCGGGCAGAGUACCUUUUCCAGAAAGUUUGACGAACUCAAGCGACAGCAAAUGCAAAUAGGUAAACGGAUCGAUGCCAACAAGGACAGUGGAAACUCGCUCGCCCGAGAGAUGGAAAUGCGGAGACGCCAGGUUCAACAGGAGAUUCUCAAUUCGGCCCAUGUCAUCUGCUCGACGCUCAGUGGCAGCGGACAUGAAAUGUUCCGCAACCUGGACGUCGAGUUUGAGACGGUCAUUAUCGACGAAGCCGCACAAUGUGUUGAGCUGAGUGCAUUGAUUCCAUUAAAGUACGGUUGCUGCAAAUGUAUACUCGUUGGUGAUCCCAAACAGCUCCCUCCCACAGUACUGUCUCAGUCGGCUGCAAGGUUCGGCUACGACCAGAGUCUGUUCGUGCGCAUGCAGCAAAACCACCCCAAAUCCGUCCACCUGCUCGACAUGCAGUACCGAAUGCAUCCUGAAAUCAGCAAGUUUCCUAGCACGGAAUUUUACGAAGGUCAGCUUCAGGACGGGCAGGACAUGCUGCAACUCCGAGAGCAACCAUGGCAUCAAAGUGCUCUUCUUGGCCCCUACCGUUUCUUUGACGUGGAAGGUAUGCAAACCAAAGGCCGAAAAGGCCAGUCGCUGGUCAACACCAGAGAACUGGAUGUGGCCUUGGAAAUGUACGACCGCUUCAGCAGGGAAUAUAAACAGUGCGAUCUGACAGGAAAGAUUGGCAUUAUCACUCCUUACAAAGCACAGCUGUUUGAGCUCCGAAAUCGCUUCCAAGGACGGUACGGCGAACGUAUUACGGACAUUAUCGAGUUCAACACCACGGAUGCCUUCCAGGGUCGAGAAUGUGAGAUCAUCAUCUUUUCCUGCGUGAGAGCCAGUUCAACCGGUGGCAUUGGUUUCAUGACGGACAUUCGACGUAUGAACGUCGGUCUCACGCGUGCCAAGUCGUCACUCUGGAUCCUGGGGGAUUCGAGAGCACUCGUUCAGGGCGAGUUUUGGAAGAAGCUGAUUGAAGAUGCCAAGCUCCGAGACCGGUACACAAAGGGGGAUAUCCUGGGCAUGUUCAGGAAGCCACUUGAGCGAGCGAACCCACUAUCCUCCAAGCCCGCCAUUAUUGAGUCCCCUAGAGACGUCGAUAUGAUAGACGCGGCAUUGGCAGGCGACUCUGGAGCUGAUGCACAGGGUUGGAAAUCGGAUGCGUCUGGACCCAGCAAUACCACACCGCCUUGCUCUGCACCAGCCGAAAGUAGUAGUACGCCUUGGAACAAUGCUGACGGCGGCUCAGCCAACAUUGUUCCCCGGGAAGGCGGUGUCCCCGUUAUACAUACUUCCGACAAUCAAAACCUGGGUAGUAAAAAGAGACAUAUAGACGAUCUUCAUGACGGGAAUCAGACAGCAAAGAGAAUUGCGAACAAGCAGCGAGGCGGGUUGAUGGGCAAGUUCAACCAGAGGCCGGUAACUCACAUGAAGCCCCCGAGAGAUCCGUCGGCAAUGUCUGUGCUGGGGAUGGUUCCUCCGGAACGUCCUCCGGCUCAAGUGUUGACGAACCAAGAAGCGAUUCCGAUGAGGGCUGCGUCGAGCGGAUCGACAUCAUUGGCGAAUCGAACCAGCAGCUCCAGCAGCUCUUCUUCAUCCAACCCAAAGAUAAUGCAGAAACCUCCACCACAAGGUCCUCGAAAAAAGGGCAAACCAAGCCUCUUUUUGCCCAAGAAGAGAUGA